UGUCUAGUUCUCCGAUUGAAUUCCUGAUAAACCCAAGUGGCUAAGGCUGUGUAAUUACAAGCCUCAAACUCAGAGCGAGCGCGCCAGCUAUGGCCAUCCUCGCUCUCCCUCUAGUCAUCUCCUUUCUCAAGCCCCACACUUCCCGUCACUUUCUCCUCCGCCCCGGCAGGCCCAAUCCUACCCAUCUCUGCAACCCACUAGGCUACUGCCGCCGCUUCACCAAAACCAGCGUCUCUGCAAUUAGCACCUCUGCUGCUCAGCAUGACUCUUCUACGAACCCAAUUAGUGUUCCCCAGAAAGCCUCUGUCCUCACUUUCCAACAAGCCAUUCAACGCCUCCAGGAAUAUUGGGCUUCGGUUGGAUGUGCCAUAAUGCAAUGUAGCAACACAGAGGUUGGAGCUGGGACUAUGAAUCCCUUGACAUUCUUAAGGGUUCUUGGUCCAGAACCGUGGAAUGUUGCGUAUGUGGAGCCUAGUAUUCGACCAGAUGAUAGUCGUUAUGGCGAAAACCCAAACAGGCUCCAGAAACACACUCAAUUUCAGGUUAUAUUGAAGCCUGACCCUGGAAACUCACAAGACCUUUUCAUCCGCAGCUUAUCAGCUUUAGGUAUUGAUGUUUGUGCACAUGAUAUACGAUUUGUGGAGGACAACUGGGAGAGUCCGGUGCUUGGAGCUUGGGGUUUGGGUUGGGAAAUCUGGAUGGAUGGGAUGGAGAUUACUCAGUUCACCUACUUUCAGCAGGUGCAUGAUGAUUCAAGGUUAUUUGUUCUUGAAAUUGGGACUGAAGAGCUGCCACCUCAAGAUGUUGUUGAUGCAAGCCAGCAAUUGAAAGAUUUAAUGGUUCAGUUACUAGCAAAGCAAAGACUGAGCCAUGGUGACGUACAAGCUUUUGGCACACCUCGCAGACUGGUGGUUUCUGUUGAGAAUCUCUGCACUAAACAAAUGGAGAAUGAGGUUGAGGUUCGAGGACCUCCCGUUUCAAAAUCUUUUGAUGAUCAUGGAAAUCCUACGAAGGCUGCCGAGGGUUUCUGCCGGAGAUACUCUGCACAAUUGAACUCGUUAUAUAGAAAGUCUGAUGGGAAAACAGAAUAUGUCUAUGCUCGUGUAAUAGAAUCCGCCAGAUUUUCUUUGGAGGUUUUGUCUGAGGAUUUGCCCAAUGCGAUUGCAAAAAUUUCAUUUCCAAAGUCAAUGCGCUGGAACUCUCAGGUUAUGUUUAGCAGACCUAUUCGUUGGAUUUUGGCACUGCAUGGAGAUGUAGUUGUGCCCUUUACUUUUGCUGAAGUUUUGAGUGGAAACCUGUCUUAUGGUCUUCGUAACACUUCUUCGGCUACUGUUGUGGUUGAAAGUGCUGAAUCCUAUGCCGGUACAAUGAGGAAUGCUGGGAUCAAUAUUGAAAUGGAGGAACGUAAGAAAACAGUAUUGGAGGGCUCUAACGCAUUAGCCAGAAGUGUAAACGGACAAGUGUUUAUUCAGGAAGGCUUACUUAAUGAGGUUGUAAAUCUCGUUGAGGCACCUGUACCAGUCCUUGGGGAGUUUAAAAGGUCUUUCUUGGAGCUUCCUAGUGAUCUUCUGACUAUGGUUAUGCAGAAGCAUCAGAAGUAUAUUGCUGUGAGGGAUGAAAAUGGAAGUCUUUUGCCAUACUUCAUUGCUGUGGCAAAUGGAGCAAUCGAUGAGACCGUGGUAAAAAAAGGAAAUGAGGCUGUACUGAGAGCUCGCUAUGAAGAUGCUAAAUUCUUCUAUGAAAUGGAUACACGGAAACAGUUUUCAGAAUUUAGAAGUCAACUUAAAGGGAUUCUUUUCCAUGAGAAGUUAGGAACAAUGUUGGACAAGGUGCUGCGCGUUCAGAAUAUGGUUAACAAACUAAGCUUGGCCCUUGGAAUGGAUGACAACACAAAUAAAACUGUCCAGAGUGCUGCAUCACUUGCUAUGGCAGAUCUGGCUACGGCGGUUGUCACAGAAUUUACUUCCCUUUCAGGAGUAAUGGCUCGUCAUUAUGCUCUUAGAGAUGGCUAUUCAGAGCAGGUUGCAGAGGCUUUGUUUGAGAUCACGCUUCCGAGAUUUUCUGGAGACAUACUUCCUAAAACUGAUGCAGGCAUAGUUCUAUCCAUUGCUGACAGAUUAGAUAGCCUUGUCGGCUUAUUUUCUGCUGGUUGUCAGCCCAGUUCUGCUAAUGACCCAUUUGGCCUGAGACGAAUCUCUUAUGCUCUUGUCCAGGUGUUGGUGGAACAAGAUAAGCAUCUGGACUUACGACAAGCAUUGGAACUUGCUGCAGAUGUCCAACCCCUUAAAGUAUAUCCAAGUACUGUAAAUGAUGCACAUCAAUUUGUGACAAGGAGAUUAGAGCAAUAUCUGGUUGAUAAGGGAAUAAGUUCAGAAGUGGUUCGUUCUGUCCUUGCAGAGCGUGCAAACUUGCCUUGCCUGGCAGCAAGGUCUGCAUGUAAAAUGGAAGCCUUGUCAAAAGGCUCGCUUUUCCCAAAGGUUGUUGAAGCAUAUUCUCGUCCGACAAGAAUUGUCCGAGGAAAGGAUGUAGACCCUCAUAUUGAGGUGGAUGAGGCAGCUUUUGAGACAGACGAAGAGAAAGCUUUAUGGAGUUCUUUCUUGUCAGUUAGAAACAAAAUAUGUCACGGUAUUGAGAUUGAUGAGUUUGUUGAAAUAUCAUCACAACUACUACAACCCCUUGAAGAGUUCUUUAAUCAUGUGUUUGUAAUGGUGGAAGAAGAAAGAGUCCGCAAGAACAGGCUUGCUUUGCUGAAGAAAAUUUCUGACCUUCCAAGUGGAAUAGCAGACCUCUCGAUUUUGCCUGGAUUUUAAGUUUUGUCUUGAUUGUAGUCAUUAUAGCAAAGGAAUAUCAUUUUUUUGCAUAAGAGAAUAAUAUGAGGGAGAGGAGGAGAACGAACAGUGUCAUGGGUGUAUUUGCCUUCCAGCUUGUGAUGUUAGUUUGCAUAAUUUCUGAGUUAUAUUUAUCAAAUAUCAAGGCUUGUUAAAGACAUGUUUUUAGUGUAAAUUGAAUGAGUUGGAAAUUCA